GCUGUCAUUCAUUGACAAAUAUUUGUUUUGAUUUUGAAAAUACCCUUUUACCGAUAAUGAAAUACUGAAAAUUUAAUAGGAAAACUGAAAUUUUCCAUUUUAAUAGGAUGGAAUAUUUGCGUAGCGGCCUAAAGUCGGUGCUGGGCGGUCCCGAGCCGGGGGCCCAAGUGUCUGAUGCGGAAACGGUGGAGAAGUUGGUGUCUCGGGUAAGUACCAGCACUUUAUUGGAAGACCGUAGAGAUGCCUGCCGAGCCCUGAAAGCCUUAUCAAGGAAACACCGAAUAGAGGUGGGGGCUCAGGGCAUGGAUAUCCUGAGACAGGUGCUGGAACUGGACAGGGCAGAUUGUGAAAUUAUUGGCUAUUGCCUGGACACUUUAUGCAACAUAACGUCCAAAGAAGUGUUUGAAGAAGAACUCGAGUUGGACAUUAAUAAAACCGUGAAUGUCGGUGAACAGUUUUCAGAAAUGUUUUUAAAAAACCCUGAGAACUUGCCUCUGGUUCUCAGUUUUUUAGAAGAAUAUGAUUUCCGGGUCCGUUGGCCCGCAGUGAAACUUUUAACCUCUUUAACGAUGUGUAAACCGAAGGAUGUGCAAGACAUUAUCCUCGUAAGUCCAUUGGGCAUGUCCAAGCUGAUGGAUUUAUUGUGCGAUAACCGGGAAAUUAUAAGAAACGAUGCGGUUUUACUAUUGAUUUAUUUGACGAAGUCGAAUGCAAACAUUCAAAAAAUUGUUGCGUUUGAAAACGCCUUUGAUAGGCUGCUUACCAUUAUAAGCGACGAGGGUUACACGGAUGGGGGAAUCGUCGUGCAAGAUUGCCUCCUAUUAAUGUUAAAUUUAUUGCAAAAUAACACCAGUAAUAUCAACUUUUUCAACGAAGGGUCUUACGUUUUAAAGUUGGCCCCAAUGUUUAUUUUACCAGAGAAUCUCGAGGAGGUUGGCUGGAGUCCUCAAAAAGUCUCCAACUUUCAUUGCGUGUUGCACGUGGUGAGGGCCUUAGUGUCGCCCAACAAUCCCGCUCAAAUAAUCACCAGUUGCCAGAAAAGUUUGAGAAAUGCCAACUUGUUGGAGUCCUUGUGCGGCAUUUUGAUGGCCAGUGGAGUUCCGGCAAAUAUUCUGACCGAAACGAUAAAUACGGUGGGGGAAGUUAUUCGGGGCAACUUGACAAAUCAGGAAUAUUUUGCCAACGUUUUGGCCCCUUCCAGUCCCCCCAGGCCCGCCCUGGUCGUAUUAAUUAUGUCCAUGGUUAACGAGAAACAACCAUUUACUUUGAGGUGCGCCGUUUUAUAUUGUUUCGAAUGUUAUUUAUAUAAGAACGAAAUCGGACAGGAAUUAGUCGUGCAAACGUUGUUGCCGAGCACCACCGGAAGUAACACUUUGACCGCCGGUCAAUUGUUGUGUAGCGGUUUGUUUAGUAGCGACCCGUUGAGCAAUUGGUUUUCAUCGGUGGCGUUGUCGCAUUGUUUGUUGGAGAAUCCCGCGCAAAAGGAGCAACUGCUCAGGGUCCUCUUGGCCACCAAUUUGGGGGCGCAGCCGGUCACUUUGUUGCAUCAGUGCGGGGUUUUUUUGCAGCACACCAGUAAAUUACAAGCCAAACUGGGAAUGUUAAUGCUACUGUCCACGUGGAUGACGCAUUGUCCCGCGGCAGUGAAAGUAUUCCUGAACGUACCCGGCGCCAUGGCAUUCUUAACGGCCCAAGCGUCCGCCAGCGAAUUCGACAACAACGCGGAACUACUGCAAGGCUUGUGUGCCUUUAUUUUGGGCCUGUGCGUCCUGUUCAACGAUAACUCGAUCCAGAACUACUCGAAGGAAAACUUGUCGCAGCUGAUCGAAAAACGGGUCGGAUUAGAGACGUAUUGUAAGAAAUUGAACGAGGUGUCCAGGCACGAGUUGUACGCGAAAGCGGCGAAACAGCCGCAAAUCAAAGCGGCACAGGCCAACGAGUUACUUUUAGAAUUUGAAUUUUGUAAAUUGUUUAAGACAAUGGAAGGUGCGAUAAUUCAGGCGCUAGGGGUGCAGAGGGACCUAUCGAACGGGAUUUCCGAGUUGAGCCUGAGCGAGCACGAGAACGCCCUGCUGGUCCAGUAUAAAGAUUUGAUCAGGGAUCAGGAUAAAAAACUGCAGGAGUGGCAGAGGAAAUUCGGGUUUUUGGAGCGGCAGUUCGAGGAACUGAAGGCACAAAUGCAGGAAGCACAACAAACAAACGCCCAACUGGUAGACCAGAACACGUUAUUGAAAGCCCAAUUAUCCACUGGGGCCACCCAAAUGGCCUCUACAGAGAAGUUUCAGCCCCAGGGAACUGCUGCCCUAACGGAGCGAAUAAGACAGUUGGAAGCUGAAAAUGCCAAACUAGCGGAAGAACUGACGGAGAAAACUUCAGAAGUUGAAAGCUACCAGCGUGACCAAGACGACCUUUUGACCCUUCUGACCGCCCAAGAUACGAAAUUAAACAAGUUUAAAGAGCGGUUAAGGCAAAUGGGUGCCUUAUCGAAGGAGGACGAGGAAAGCUCCUCUGAUAUCUCUGAUAAUGAGAAAGAGAGAGAUGGCGAACAUUCGCUAUUGUAAUGUUUCAGGCUCACCGAACAGCCCAAUCAUCUGUUCGGCUAAUCCAUCUAUCAAAGGCAUUAAUUCGUUAGUAGGCAACUUCAGCUCUUCGACUUUGAAAUCUCUCAAAGUUUGUAAGUCUUCUGAAUACUAAAAUAAAUAAAGAAUCGUACUAAGCUA